AUGUCGACAGCACAAGCCCGCCUCUCCCAAGUAUCCAGCCACAUCGGCUCGAGCAAACAGAGCCAGUCCAUCCUCUCCAAGUCCCCCGACGAUGUCGUCGUCACCUGCGCCCUGCGCACGCCCUUCACGAAAGGCGGCCGCGGCCCGCUCAAGGACACCGCCGCUGCAGACCUCCUCGCCCACACGUUCAAGGCCCUGAUCGAGCGCUCGGGGAUCGACCCUACCCUCGUCGAAGACAUCGCCACCGGCUGCGUGCUCGCCCCCGGCGGCGGAGCGACCGAGUACCGCGCCGCGGCACUCGUCGCGGGGUUCCCCACGUCCACGGCGGUCCGGUCGCUGAACAGACAGUGCUCCUCCGGGCUACAAGCGUGUGUGGACAUCGCCAACGCGAUCCGCGCGGGGAUGAUUGAGAUCGGCAUCGGCAGCGGCGUCGAGAGCAUGUCCACCCAGUACGGUCCCGGGGCGGUGACUGAGUUCUCCGACCUGCUGGAGAACCACAUGCAGGCCGCGAACUGCAAGGUCCCCAUGGGCGUGCUGUCGGAGCAGAUGGCCAAAGACCGCAGCGUGUCGCGGAAGGAGCAGGACGCCUUUGCGGCAAGUUCGUUCCAGAAGGCGGAGAAGGCGCAAAAGGCCGGCCUGUUCGAUCAGGAGAUCGUGCCCAUCACGGUCAAGUACACGGAUCCGAAGACCGAGGAGGAGAAGACCGUGACGGUCAAGGCAGACGACGGCGUCCGGCCAGGCAUGACGGCCGAGUCGCUGAGCAAGAUCCGGCCCGCGUUCGCCAAGGAUGGGUCCAUCCACGCCGGAAACGCCAGCCAGGUGUCCGACGGCGCGGCCGCCGUCUUGUUGAUGAAGCGCAGCACCGCCGAGCGGCUGGGCCAGCCGAUCCUGGGCAAAUUCGUGGCCGCGUCGGUCGUGGGCGUCGAGCCUCUCCUCAUGGGGAUUGGUCCCUGGAAGGCCAUCCCCGUCGCGCUGGAAAAGGCCGGCAUCUCCAAGGACGACGUCGACAUCUUCGAGAUCAACGAGGCGUUUGCCAGCCAGUGCGUGUGGUGCGUCAAGGAGCUGGGCAUACCGUUCGACAAGGUCAAUCCCAAGGGCGGUGCCAUCGCCUUUGGACAUCCUCUUGGCUGCACCGGUGCCAGGCAGGUGAGUACCCUGUUCACCGAGUUGAAGAGGACGGGCAAGAAGAUCGGCGUCACGAGUAUGUGUGUUGGAACUGGCAUGGGUAUGGCUGCCGUGUGGGUAGCUGAGUAG